UUCUGUUCUGGCGCGCAACCUCACGUGUGCGUCUCUGAUUCUCUGGCGUCGUCGUUUGGGCAACGCUGGAACGGACAAAUCGACUCGGUCGGUGGCCUCGCAAAGGCAAGGCGGCGUGUUUACAAAGUUGAAAGCGUCAGAGGGAACAACUGAAAGAUGGCCUCUGCACCAAGGAAUCACCUUUCUUUCACCUGUGUUUGGACUCAGAAGCCCGGUGAUGAUGUUCACGAAUUUGUGGCAGCAUACAAACGGUUCUUUGAGUGGCGGCAUGGGCAAACCGUCAAGCUUCAAACGCCACGGAAGCUCCUCAGACAUGAGUGGGAAGACCAGAAGUGGCUCGUUCAAAUUAGCCUUGAUUUACAUUCACGAAUGAAAGUAGAUAAGAUUGAGAGCAUGAGUACAGAAAUAGCUCGCCAGUGGUGCACAACUGGACUCGGUGACAAGCAGAUGUCAAGGUACUUGCAGUGGCUGCAACCAGACCGCAAAAAUGGUUUUUGGCAUGGCUGGUAUGCUAUUGAAGAAGGCAUCAAGAUGAAUUCCAUAGCAUUUGGCACAUUCGUUGGCCUGGACAUAUUUGCCGAGCGUCAUGCCAUAGUAGGUAACUCUACUGGCAACGGCUACAAUAUAGACUGCACAUUCAGACAUGAUGAGAGGUCUUUGCAGGUGUUUAUUGAAUUGAACCAUUGCUGGACAACAGAUGUCUAUCGGCUUAGCAUGCCUUACAGUAACAUUUUUAACGUGAUUGUGCACGACCCCGACAGUGGUUCUGCAGAUGUAUUUCUUCAGGUGUACACGCUUCCCUUGUUUCACCGUGCAGCAGGCACUGGGGGUUCUUUUGUCUCUCAUUAUGCAGCCAAAAAAUCUAGCUCUCGUGAUGAACUGAAUUUCCAGAGAAUGUUAAAGAUUGGAUGUAUCUGUUGCGGCCGACUUCUGGAAAGCAGUGACGUAGGCGGCUGUUUUGUCAUCAGGCUGAGCUUCAAAGACAGGCAUGAGGCACGGCGCACUGUCGGUCGGCUAAGCCGUAGAUGCAAAAGAGCCCGCUUCAGCUUUGUGCCAGUUAAAACUCAUGUUGUUGGCAGCAGAGCUGAGGAACUACGGCAGCAGUUGUGCUCAAGGAUAAUUCCUAAGCUUCAGUUCGGAUGCUGCUACGCACUCAAUUCUCUCAUCCAAAUGAGUGAUGACAUUGUUGUACAGCUGAUGUUGUUGGAGAAGCAUGAACUAGACACUCUCUUCAAAGACUUGGAAAGAUAUGCAGCUCACAAUGAAGGUGCCCUGGAAGAAGCUUUGUUCAGCAUUUGCACUGCUCUUGGGUAUAAGAGUAACGUCACUUUUGCUGCAGUCUUGCCUGAGCUAUUCAAAAAGUUUUGCAAAACGUAUGUGCCCACUGCUGUGCCACAAGGCUCCUGCCUCGUACGGCGGCUGUUCGUGACACCGUCUCAUGUCUUUUUUCUGCCACCUGCCGUGCAUGCGGAGAACAGAGUGCUUCGCAAGUUCGACGCAGAUUAUGCGCUUAGAGUCUCAUUCCGCGACGAUCAUUUCGAAUUUCUGUCUCACUCUCUGGGAUCUCAUGGUGAUAAGCGUGAGAUGCUCGACGAAGUUGUUGGACGUUUCCUUCGUAGUGGAAUCAAGAUUGGUGACCGUCACUUCAGGCUUCUGGCCAGCUCUGUAAGCCAGCUUCGAGACCAUGGAGUCUGGCUCUAUGCAAAUGAUUGUCAUGGGAAUUCAGUGGAGUCCAUACGGGCUUGGAUGGGGGACUUCAGUAAGAUCCCCAGUGUUGCCAAGAAGAUAGCACGAAUGGGUCAGUGUUUUUCAACAACAGAAGAGUCUGUCAUUGUGCCUCUUCAUGGCGAGACUAUGGAGGAUGCGCCAGACAUAGAGGGCGGUGUGCACCCCUUAUCUAGGAAGCCCUACGUUUUCUCAGACGGCAUUGGCAUGAUCUCCGAGUCCCUUAUGGAAAAGGUCUGUGCAAAGCUGGACAUGGCACAGGUUCCAUCUGCCAUUCAGAUUCGCUAUGCUGGCUACAAAGGCAUGCUGUGCACAAACAACGCUCUGGAGGGCGACAAGCUCAUUCUGCGCAAAAGCAUGAACAAGUUUGCCUGUGUCACAUCAGCCAGCAUUGAGGUUAUCAAGGUGUCUGCUCCCUCGACGGUGUUUCUGAACCGCCCUUUGAUCACCAUUCUGGAGCAGCUCGGUGUUCCCCGGCGGGUGUUCUUGCACUUGCACCAGAAGAUGCUGGUUCAGCUCUGCGAUGCCCUCAUCAAUGAUGGCACUGCCCUGAGGGUGCUUGGCACCUACGCAAACACCAGCCUGCCUUUUGCCAAGCUGCUCGUCAACGGGAUGUCCCUGAGUCGGGAACCACUCACUCGUGCCAUAAUACUGGCCAUCUGCGAGAGCUUGCUCGUGGGGCUCAAGGAAAAAAGUCGAAUUGCCAUUCCUCCAGAGAAGGGCCGUAACAUGUUGGGCGUCCUUGAUGAGACUAGCACCCUUGAGUAUGGUCAAGUGUUUGUUCAGUACACACAUUUGGGCAUCGAGUUCCAGAAUGGAACACCAGACUCUGGUAACAACCACGCAGGUAGCACCCAAGUGCUGACAGGUACUGUGCUGGUGACCAAAUGCCCCUGCCUGCACCCCGGUGAUGUGCGCAAGUUUGAGGCAGUUGACGUGCCUGCUUUGCACCACAUCAGAGACUGCAUUGUGUUUCCAGCCAAAGGUCCCCGGCCUCACCCCAAUGAGAUGGCUGGUUCAGACCUUGAUGGAGACGAGUACAUUGUGAUCUGGGAACCAGACCUCUUCUUUCCAGGAUCCAAUAGGGAGCCUAUGGUGUUCAGUGACACUUCUGUUGGAGCUCCCUCUACUGGAAACCUGGACGAUGACAUAAUUGGCUUCCUGUGCAAGUACAUCCUUAAUGACAGCGUAGGCGUCAUGUCCAAUGCACACCUGGCCUGGGCUGACAGCUGUGGCAUUUUCUCUGAAACCUGUCUCAAUCUUGCCAAGAAAAUAUCUACCUGCCUCGACUUUGCAAAGACUGGCAUCAAUGCUGAACUUCAUUCGUCUGAACGGGUUCUGAAGUACCCUGAUUUCAUGAAUAAGAGGGGAAUCAAACCAGUGUACCGGUCUACAAGAGUACUUGGAGAGCUCUACCGCCUGAACAAAACACUGAUCGGCAACACUCAUCAUGCAUUUACUGCGGCUGAUUUUCAUGCUGCCCUGUUUGAUUGCCCAGGAUGGCAAAAGCACCAGUGUGCUGCAGAGAACGCUCGUGAUAUCUACGAAGACAUGAUGAAGAGGAUCAUGAAUCAGUAUGGCAUUGAGAGUGAAGCUGAAGUGGUAGCAGGUGUCAUCAACAGUGUUUCACGUUACAACAAAAGCAAACAGGACAGAACCAGUGUGGAAACCUUGGUUUCUAAACAAUAUCAGGAGCUCAUUGAAGUAAUGCAGAAGCAGUUUGCUGUAGAUGUUGAAGCAGCCUCUCAGCGAGGUUAUGGCCAGCCAACACAACAAACAUUGCUGGAGAUGGCAUCAGCCUGGUACAUGGUAAUUUGCAGCAAUGAGCAGUUUAAAGAUCAUCUCUUGGGACUUCCGUGGUGCAUUGCAGACAGCCUGCUUCUAAUUUUGAAGGAACGAAGUUGUGCACAGUCAACGGGCAAGACAGUGUCACGGAAUUUGUUGUCUGCAAGGAUAAAUCGGCAGAGCAUUGGUCGUUUGCCACGAGAUGCAGCGUUUGAUCUGCUGUGUGAGUGGGCACGAAAGGAAGAUCUGUUGUGCGAUACUGCUACCAAGGCUUCCCAAGUUUGCAUGUCAUGCUUCAAGCAGGCUUUCCAGCAAUAUAUGUCUCGUAUCCAUAGUUCAACAGGAGCCGCAGCACUGAGCUUUGUCAAGUCCCAAGGAGGAGACGCAGACAGCUGUGAGCACACCACCGCUGACUAUGUUACCGGUUUUAUUCGCUACCUCACCAUAUCACUGACAGGCCUUCCAGUUUGCAGCGAAUGCUGCUCGCCAUCUGGUCAAGUGCACAAGCUGACAUUGGCAGCCUUGUACCGUUACUCUAGGCUGGUCAUGUCAAGGGAUGUCUGCUGCUUUGGUCUUCCUUGUGACCCUGACCUUCACGACAGUGCAGACGACGUGCUAGAGUCUGAUCCCAUACGUAUAAAUGUUGAAACAACGCAAUUCUUGAAGAUGUUACGGGAGCAGGAAAGCUCGGUGAAAGAGCUGCUGUGCCGGUGGACCGGUGUGGAGGAAGUCAACAUCCGGCUGCACAGCUACCGUUCACGCAGACACCAUUACAUCAUUGUCUCGGCUGUUGGACGCCAGUGGCAGCUGUGUUGUUUUGAUGAGCUGGUAGCACAGCCAUGGCUUGAAGAUGCCAUCAUCAGCAAGAGGCUAGGUUAUGACCCUGUUCCACUGAACGAUUUAUUGUUCGGAGAAUAUGAAGACUUUAGCCUACUGGAUGAUUUUAACACGUGUUUUUCAGAUUUUAAUGACAUGCUUUUCGAAUGACAUUAUGUGGAUGCUACGCAGAGAUCUAUAAUGUCAUUAGAAUCGCACGACUUUCACCGUUGCAGCCAAAUUGAAUGUGUACUCUUUACCCCAGGGACUACUUCAAAGAUGGUAUUCGGCAUUCUGAAUUUGACCUGCGUUCAUGGAAACUCCCUAAUAGUGUUGCUUUUCUAAGGUACCCUUAAAUCUUACAAGAUUAGGUGUACUUCCGUCUCAAAAUUUUUCAACUCUCCACCUAAGUGGCAUCUAACAGCCGGCGUUGGUAGCCAUAAUGUAAACAAGCAGAUGCCUGUUUGCAGGUGUGUGUGUGUAUCUCCAGCUAAGGCAUCAAGGGAGCUAUUUUUUUUUUGUCUUACGGCCAAGUCUGUUAUAGUUUGUGCACAUUUCUGCACUGCCAAUAUCAAAGAAAUUAAAGGCAUUACUUGCUGCAGCGUGGCGCCGUUCAGCGGCUAUGCCAUGUCAAGCGUGUUGUUUGUGGUCAUUCUAUCGGCUGUCGCUACUGGAUAGGCAGAUCGUCUUGGUUUGUAGUGGCCAUAUAUUCUGCUAUAUAAAAUUUCUGUGUGCAUUUAUUUAAUGAGGCGACUUCUUGCACACUUUUCAAAUAAGUGACUUCACUUUUCUACCACUCAACAGUUUCCAUACUAGCCAUUUCUUUUCUGAAUUUAUCAACAUUGAUAACAUGUACGAAUGGCGUUACUUUUUCUUGUGUAGCACCACCACGGAUCGAAUGGCAUUCAUUACAACGAAUGACAUUUGAACCUAAUGACAUUAACACCUAUAGCAGUGUUUUACUACUAUCCCAGUGUGAACCUUAUUUUGGUCAUUGCCAAAGGCUGAAUUAGCCAGGUAGUGAGCAGUUAGGUUAGACAACAAAAAACUGUAGGCUUAUGUACACUCUAAAAAAAUAUAGAGUAAAAAGGCUGUCUUUUUGUCCCACAACAAUAAUCGUCAUCAGGCUUGCAUGCGCUUCCUUUCUUGAAAACUCUGUGCUGGCCACUUUCCUAUCGAGAAUGCAAUGUAAGCCUGAUAAUGGGCAUGUCGAUCGUGACCGGAAUGUGACCGGAAUGUGACCGGAAUGUGACCGGAAUGUGACUGGAUCGUGACCGGAUAGCGCAAGGGUGGAACGCAAUAUUAAUGACUAUCAUUGUUGUGGGACAAAAAGACACCCUUUUUACUCGCUCUUUUGUUAGAGUGUAAACGAAACCACAAUUGACAUUCCGCUGCUAAGGAAGAAUCAGGCAGGUGUUAAGUGUUAUUGGCUGACUUUGUUUAGAGCUGACUAUAUCUUGCCUGGAAUGAUAUUUAGCUGGAGUUCAUAUUUUUGCACGGAGCCUGUGUUUACAGUUUGAUUGUUGGUUUAUGAGCUAUGCUUCCUGUCGCAGAAAAGCUGUUGGUUUACGUGCUGGCAUUGAGGCUAUACAUUCAUACAUGUACAGCUGUUUCUGAAGUUUGUCAGGGACUAAAUACAGCAGCUGCCAUGACAUGGCACAUUGAGAAACUGAAUUCCAAGCUGUGUGGGAGCAUGAUUCCUUUUCAUCUGCAUUUAGCUAUCUGAAAAUGCCAUGUAGCAUUUCAUUUUUUUUUUGUGAUAACUCGUUAUCUACGUUACAUUCGAUUGCUUCGUGAGUCUUACAUUCCAUCUUGUUGUAUUAGUUCACACCUUGCUUUGUUAAAAAUGGACCAAGCACAUCCCUAGUUUUAUUGUGUUUCAAAGUUCACUCAGUUGAUCAAUGGUAAGGUCUGCUGAUCUCGUUUUUGUCAACGCAUACACCAAAGAUACUCGACCAAUUUUGUUUUUUAAAGGUUUUGAAUACUGAUCUCCAUUGACAGCACUUUUCACUUGCCCUAGGCUUGUAUUCUGAAGCUCAGAAGUAAUGCUUAUCAUGCAUUUUUUCGUAGAUUUAAAUCUUGUUUCAAUGUUAUUUUAUACUUUUAGAGUGGUGUUUGUUUAUCCUCAAACCUGACACACAUUUCACUGCACACGUCACUGUGCCGUUAAUAUAACAGCCUGACAAGCAUGCAGAAAAUUGUUGCACAAGCCAUGAAGUCUCUGUGAGUUCAUUUGUGUCAUUAAUAUUUUUGUGCUUCUCAAUGAUUAUUGUUUAUAUUACUUUCAAGAAUUUUUAAGAAUGUUUCAAGUGCCUUUCAAAAAGUUUAUUAUAUAUUGUUGAUACAACAUAGUAGCCGUAUCCAUUGAUGCUGCUUUGUGGUGCUAGUUCCUGUGCAAUUAGUGUUUACUUUGUCUGGCUACUUAAAAAAGAAACAGACCAAAACAGCUAUAGUUCAUAACAAUUUCACAUUUUUGUUUUAUAGACUUGUGAUCCAUCAAUGAAAAAAACUUAAUAUGGUGACCUAAGCUAACGCAAUCUUGCUGUUGAUGCAGAUAGUGCCCAUGAUGUAUACUCGAUAUUUGAAUCUUUGUACCAUGUAUACUUAAUAGUCAAUAUUUUUAUGGAAUGAUUUUGUGAGCCAACAUCAGAAGGUACUUAUGUUAUUUUUAUAUUUCUGUAACAAGCACUUGCAAUACAUUUUCUCGCUUGUUAA